CGGGCAUUUGGAAAAGUCACUGAGGGAUUCUGGGAGUUGAAGUCCCCGAGUCGUAAAGUCGCCAAGGUUGGAGACCCGAAGGGGAAAAAAAGAUGCUCUCGUAUACGGCGCGUUGCGAGUGAGCGGCGGAGGGUCCCCGCGUUUCUGCUCGGCUUUUGCUUGUUCCCGGCGGACCGGUGCCCUGAAGGAUUCCAAGGUUCCUUUUGAAGACGAAAUAAUGUCUAAAAGAAAAUGUCUGUUUACUGAGAAAACCAGGCGCAAUUAUCCUGAUUUUCGCAAAGGUAGAGAUGACUACGAGGCAGAGUGUUUGGUCUGCAAACCUGGCACGUUUGUGUCCGUCGCACAUAAAGGUCCUGGGGAUCUGGAGUAUCACAUGUCCUCUGACAAACACAAGAAGGCACUCAAAGCAUACAAACGCAACAAAGCAAUAACACGGGACAACUGGUCUGCAAAAACAGACUUUUUUGUGGAUCCAGACAGUGAGGCAGAGGAUGCUGUGACCGGGAGUGAGAGCACUUUAGCAUUCCACACAGUCAUGAAUAACAGCACCGACAAACCAGAAGAUUGUAACUCUGACUUGAUGAGAAAAUUAUUUUCUGAGGCAGACCUAGCUCAAAAAUUUUUCGGUGUCCAAACCAAAAGAGAAGGUAUUGAAAAUUGUGUGCUUGCCCCACACAUAGAUAUUGUUGACUUGGAGGCCCUGGAAGAAAGCGGGAUCCCUUUCUGUGGGGUGGCUAUAGACGACAGCAAUCACCGGGCCGUGAAAAUGGUCCCGGUGCUCAUCCAAUAUUACGACUACAGGAACGGCGGCUUGAAGACCAAACUGCUGGAACUUCAGGAAACGCCCACCGAGACGGCCGACGCCAUUUCGGACUACCUCGUCAAAACUCUUAAGAAACACGGAUUGCUCCAGAAAUGCGUGGCCUUUGCAGGGGACAACUGCAACACCAUGUUUGGUGAACUUCGGCAAGACGAGGAGGCGAGGACUGUGUUCGCCAGGUUGAGGAGAGCCCUCCAGAGAGAGACUUUGAUUGGGGUGUACUGCCCGGCCCACGUUUUGCACAACUGCAUCCACCACGGAGCAGACGCCCUGGAGGUGGACAUAGAGAACAUCGUUCUGAAGAUCUACCAGUACUUCCACAUAUACGCAGUGCGGACCGAGUCCCUGCAGGAGUACUGUGAGUUUGUGGAGGUGGAGUACAAACGGCUGCUCUCCCACAGCAAGACCCGGUGGCUGUCCUUGUUCCCGGGCAUCACAAAGCUGCUCCAGAUGCACUCGGCCUUGAAGUCCUUCUUCUUGGGCCAGAGCAACCCACCCACCGUGCUCAGGAGCUUCUUUGAGCACGAGUUCAGCGAGCUCUACCUUUGGCACAUGCACUCGCUGAUGAACGCCUUCCACUUACACAUCGAAGAGAUGGAACGGGAAAACAACUCCAUCGUGGAAGUGAUGAGGACGCUGGACUCCGUGCACACCAUCCUGCUUGACCGAAGAGCUCAGAACUUCAUGUCCCUGACGGUGAAGGGGAUGCUUGCGGACAAGCGCAAGGAGGGGCUGGAGGCAGAAUGCGACGCCUUCUCCGAUGCGGUGCAUCGCCUCUACAGCAACUGCAUAGACUACCUGGAGAUGUGGAUGGCGUCUCUGCAGGAGUUCUCCUGCUUCGCCUGGAUGGCCCUAAGCGACACACCAAGCUGGGGUGACGUGGAAGCAUGUAUAGCGUACUUAAGUGAGAAGGGUCUGGAAAUUGACAAUAUGAAGUGCUCCUUUCAGUUCAACCACCUGAAAAAAAUUGUGGAAGCUUCCAGCGACGAAGAAGGGUUCCAACAUCUGCUUUCACACGAAAAAUGGACCAAAUAUUUUCUGAAUGUCAAAGCCGUUGAAUGCUGUUCAGAACUGUUAAAAAUUGCACAGUUCUGCUUUGCAAUUCCCUCCCAUAGUGUAGAUAUGAACUUAUUUUCUCUGAUGCACCUAGUAUAAUGAAAGGAUCUGCCUGAAAAGUUGUUUAGUUCCUCACCUGUAUCAAAAGCUUUUUGUUGUUGUUAAUUGCAAAGUCAUGUCCGACCCAUCGCGACCCCAUGGUCUUCCUGUCCUCUACCAUCUUCUGGAGUCCAUUGAAGUUCACGCCUCCUGCUUCAGUGACUC